AUAACCUGGAGCAGACAGAAGGCAGUCAUUACCUUGCACACAGACGCGGCGUCUAUGUGUUGACGGAGGACUUCCACUAGACUGCUGUGUGGAGACGGAUAGAGCUGAGACACUCGGCCGCUGCUAAACCUCCGGCUCCCCAUCACCUAAAGCUAAUGACCCGCACCCUUGUUUACCCUCUCAAGUCCCUCUGUGACAGAGAGAAAUCCAGCAGCGACCUAAGACUCGCAAGAGAGAGCAAAAAAAAGUGGUUUGUGGUGAAAAAAAGGAGCAUAACAAAAACAAGAGAGAAAGGGGGGGAGAAGAAAAGCGUGGGCCCUCGGGGUGUGUGAGCAGAGCCUGGUGUUCCAGUGGACAGGCAGGCCGGGGGAGAGAUCUGGCAUUUCAUUGUCUUAGUCUCCACUGAUAUGAUCUGGAGAGGGCUCUAUUGCUUAAAGCUGUGAGUGAAUGACAUAUGGGGAGCUGGUGUGAGGCACAACUCCCGCGUGCCUCCUCCAGCCCCAAAGUCUUCCUGUGAGAGAGCACGGAGCAACUUUUCUGCUUUUUCAAACAGCAGCAGCCUCCCUCUCCCUCCCCUCAUUCACUGCCUUCUUCCCUCCCUCCCUCCCUCUCCGGCCGCUCUCUCACUCUCUCUCUUUUUUUCCCUCUUCCUCAGACACUCACUAGUCACUGCCUGAAGCAGUAAUCGGACAACUCUCUUUCUCACCAGGACUGGGUCUCCUGAGAUACCGCGCGGGGCUCCAUGGGUUCCAACACCUAAAAUGAAAAAGAAAAAGUAGUCUUGUAGUGUACAUUCACUGUGCUACAGAUUCUACCAACGCCUGAAGAACUGUUUUCAGAAAGUUUGCUGUCCGUUGCUGCUGGACUGAACGAUCUGUUUGUAGAAGAUUUUUUUAAAAAGAAGACGUAAGAAGGGAUAAACACACAGGGAUUCAACCAUAAUUGUAGUCUAUGGAAAUGCAGGAUCUAGCCAGUCCUCACAGCCGAGUAAGUGGAAGCAGUGAAUCUCCUAAUGGUCCCAACCUCGACAACUCGCACAUCAAUAACAAUUCCAUGACACCCAAUGGCACUGAAGGUGAUAACAUCACAAUGCUUACCACUGCAGACUGGUUGUUAGGUUCUAACUCACAGUCCGCUGCAGUUAAAACCGAGCCAAUGAGCAGCAGCGAAAUCGCCUCCUCGGUAGCAGACACCUCUCUAGACAGCUUCUCAGGAUCAGCUAUUGGAACCAGUGGCUUCAGCCCAAGACAAACUCACCAGUUCUCUCCACAGAUUUAUCCUUCCAACAGAACAUAUCCACAUAUUCUUCCUACCCCUUCAUCCCAAAAUAUGGCUGCGUAUGGGCAGACGCAGUACACCACAGGAAUGCAGCAGGCCGCAGCUUAUGCUAGCUACCCCCAGCCUGGCCAGCCGUAUGGCAUCCCAGCUUAUGGCAUAAAGACGGAGGGGGGUCUGAGCCAGUCCCAAUCCCCGGGACAGACGGGCUUCCUAAGCUAUGGUUCUGGCUUCACCACGCCGCAGACAGGACAGGCCCCUUACAGCUACCAGAUGCAGGGUGGUACUUUUACAACAACUUCGGGAUUGUAUGCAGGAAACAACUCCCUGACAAAUUCAACUGGCUUCAACAGCACACAACAGGACUACCCCAGUUAUCCAGCUUUUGGCCAGGGCCAGUAUGCUCAGUAUUACAACAGCUCGCCCUACACUUCACCUUACAUGACAAGUAACAACACCAGCCCUAGCACGCCCUCCACCAACACCUACACUCUCCAGGAGCCACCCGCUGGCGUCACCAGCCAGGCUCUCACAGACAACUCUGCAGGAGAGUACAGUACCAUCCACAGUCCAUCAACCCCCAUUAAAGAUUCAGAUUCGGAUCGAUUGCGCCGGGCCUCGGAUGGAAAGUCACGUGGCCGGGGAAGAAGGAACAACAACCCAUCACCGCCCCCCGACUCCGACCUUGAG